CAGGUCUCGGCCGCCUACAUGGUUUUCGUCGCCGUCCUGCGCCGCACUGCAGGCGGCUGCGGCCUCAAGGUGCCGCGGCGCACGUCGGCGGACCUCUUCAUGCGGGACGCGCACCUCAAGUGCGUCUCGACCUACCUCAAGCCGUUUCCGCCGCACCUGACGCAGUUCAUCUGCUUUGGGUCGUCGUCGCUCGUGCAGCGGCGGCGGCUGUCGGCGCUGCCCGCGGCGGCCGCCGGCGCGGCUCCGGCGGUCGACGCGUGGGCCGAGCGCGCCGCCGCACGUGACCUGAGUGCCGCAGAGUUGCAAGUGCAGCUCGACUUGCAAGCGCAGCAGCAGUCAGAGGAGGAGGGCAAAGCAGCUGCGGCGACGACGGCGGUGGAGGAGGAGGAAGUGCCGCUGUACGGCGGCGGUGCCGCGCCGCACGUCGCACCGGCGGCGCCGCCGCCAGCCAAGAAGGUCGGGCUGCAUGCGCUGCGGCGGAUGUACGAGUCGGGCGAGCCGCUCUCGGUGCUCACGGCGUACGACUACCCGAGCGCGCGGCUGGCGGACGGCGCGGGCGCGGACGUGCUGCUGGUGGGCGACUCGCUCGGCAUGGUCGUCCUCGGCCAGGACGACACCACCGAAGUGACCGUCUCGCAGAUGGUCCAUCACUGCCAGGCGGCCGCACGCGGCACGCGGCGCGCCCUCCUCGUGGCGGACUUGCCGUUUGGGGCGUACCUCACGCCUCAGGCCGCCGCUUCGAACGGGGUGCGGCUCGUCAAGGAGGGGCGCGCCGACGCCGUCAAGCUCGAGGGAGGGGUGCGCGCCGCCGAGCAGGUGCGCGCCAUGGUGGACGCCGGCCUGGCGGUGAUGGGGCACGUCGGCUUCACGCCGCAGUCCGUCGCGCAGCUGGGCGGGUACCGCGUGCAGGGCCGCUCCGCCGCCGAGGCUCGCUCCCUCCUCGAGGACGCCGAGGCGCUGCAGGAGGCGGGCUGCUUCGCGGUCGUCCUCGAGAUGGUCCCCGCCCCGGUCGCCGCCCUCAUCACCUCGAAGCUGCGCGUGCCGACCAUCGGCAUCGGCGCCGGCGGCGGCACCUCAGGCCAGGUGCAGGUCUUCCAUGACGUGCUCGGCCUCUACGACAAGCUGAGCCCGCGCUUCUCGCACCAGUUCGCGCGGCUCGAGGGGCCGAUGCGCGCCGCUCUCGGACGCUACUGCGCCGCCGUCAAGCGCCGCUCCUUCCCCGCACGCCGCCACUCGUUCGGCAUGUCGGACGCCGAGACGCGCCUCCUCGAGGCCGAGUUUGGGCCGCCGCCCCCGCCGCCGGCCCCGCCCGCGCGCGCCUCGCGGGCCCGCGCCCCAAACGGCCACGCCUCGCCGGCGCCCCUCGCGCGGCCGCACGAGCCGCAGCGCGGCGGGCUGCGGCUCGUGCGCUCGAUCGACGAGUGGCGGCAGCUGCAGCGGAGCGGUGAGCUGGCCGCGGCGCGGGUUGGGCUCGUGCCGACGAUGGGCGCGCUGCACGCCGGCCACCUCCGCCUCGUCGAGAUGGCGCGCGAGGCGAGCGACGUGGUCGUCGCGUCCGUCUUUGUCAACCCGAAGCAGUUCAACAAGGCGGACGACCUGGCGCGCUACCCGCGCACGCUCGAGGAGGACGCCGCCAAGCUCGCCGCCGCGGGCGUCGACCUGCUCUUCGCGCCGAGCGCCGGGGAGAUGUACCCCGAGGAGGAGGGGUCGCCGCAGCCCUUCGUCGACGUGAGCGGCUUCGACCUCCUCCCCGAGGCGCGCCACCGGCCGGGCCACUUUCGCGGCGUCGCCACCGUCGUCACCAAGCUCCUCAACAUUCUCCAGCCGAGCACCGUCUACUUUGGGCAAAAGGACGGCCUCCAGUGCGUCCUCGCGCGCCGCCUCGUCGCCGGCCUCAACUUCGACACCGAGGUCGUGGUCGGCGACACGGUGCGCGAGCCCGACGGGCUGGCAAUGUCGAGCCGCAACGUCCACCUGAGCCAAGAGGAGCGCGAGGCGGCGCCGCUCGUCUACACCGCCCUCCUCAAGCUGACCGAGGCGCACAAGGCGGGCGAGCGCUCCCCGGCGGCGCUCCGCGCGUGCGCCGCCGCCGUGAUCGCGUCGGAGCCGCGCAUGGCGCUCGAGUACGUCUCUCUGGCCGCGGCCGACGACGGGCGCGAGCUCGAGAAGCUCGGCGGCGCCGGCGCGGUCAUGGCGUCCAUCGCCGUCCAGCUGGGCGAGACGCGCCUCAUCGACAACGUGCUGCUGCCCUGAAGCGCCACACUU